ACUGUGGUUAGUGUUUUAAUUUUGCACACUUUUAUCCGAACGACACAAGAGGUCGCAUUGGUACAAACAUUUUGUUAAGGAAAGUUUUUGCGGGGCGUGUCUGCUGACUGCUUGAGAGAGCAAACAGAAAGUGAACUUCCUAGAACUUAGAAGUGCCUGCCGACUGACAUGUGGAUUUACCGAAGCAUGGACGGGCUGGAGACGUAGUGGCUUCACAUGAGCAAUAAAAAAUACAAGGCGAAAUGGAUGAACACUACGACAGGCCGCUGCAAAACGAGCCCAAGGCGGUCACAAACGGCGCUUCAGCCGGGAGCUUUUGGCAGGACCCUUUGGCUAUUGCGUUAAGCAGUACAUCUAAAGAUAUAAUUUCUCCCAGGAGCCGAACUAGAGCAAUAACUGUGGUAUACAUUUUAAUAGACGAAACUGAUUUGCAGCAGUCGGAAGAGAAUCUUUCACUAAGAUGCCUGGAAGAGGCUUGUGCCAAUGCCCACGCCAAAAUGAAUACCAUUCCAUUUGGGAGUCUUGCGCUUGGAACGACGGAUAUUUUAGACAUCUUCUACAACGCAGACGUUGCAGUGGUGGAGAUGAGUGAUACGUUCUGCCAGCCCUCCCUCUUCUACCACCUGGGAGUACGGGAGAGUUUCAGCAUGACCAACAACUUCAUCCUGUACUGUGUGAAGAAUCAGAACGACCUGCAGGCACUCAAGGUGAGGGCCGGCUCCUGCAAUGGGAAGCUGCUGACUCCAUGAGCUUGUAGGCAUUGCAGAAUGUGCCAGUACACUGCACUGAUGAGGCUUCACAUGUCUCUCUAUUACAGGUGAAAUAGAAAGACAAUUUUGAAGAGUCACCUUAUAUCACUUACCAUGUUUAAAAAAGACCAUUGUUAAAUGGUGCCUUGUUAGUCUUUAUAAACAGGUUUGACAGUAGACACUGUGUUCCAGUGCCACACCUUCGAGUUCAGGCGUGCCCCCCCCGAGGCUAGU